AUGCCUCAUAAUUGUUGUGCUUAUGGGUGUACAAACAAUUCAGCAAAGCCUGAAUGUAUUGAAAAGGGAAUAUCUUCUCAUAGAUUUCCUUUGGAAGAUAAAGUUAUAAUGCGAGCGUGGGUUGUUGCUUUGAAGCGACAACAUUUUGAACCAACUGUUCAUAGUAAAUUGUGUUCAGAGCAUUUUACGCCUGAUUGUUUUGAUUAUCAAAAUUUGUGGAACUCUCCUCAAACUAAAAGAAAGAAAAUAAAGAAAGAUGCUGUGCCGUCCCUUUUUAAAUUUAAACCCAAUAAGCGAACUAGAGCGCCGACAUCAUACACUUUUGGUGCAUCAGUUAACAGUACACAAGAUGAUUUGGAUACAGAAGCAGAGCCAACUUCCUUGUCCAAGUCAACACAAACUGAUAGGGUUUUGUACUCUCAUCGAUGA